UGUAUGUAUGUCAUGUAUGUUGUGUUGAAUUUUAUUUGAUUUUAUUCCCACAUUUUACGAUUCUUUUUGUGCCUCCUUUUUCUUUAAAUUUGUCUUAUAUGCUUCGCAUUUAAAUUUGAUACAUUUUUUAUUGGAAGAAUCAAAAUUUUUUAAGAAACAUGCGUGAAGUCAUCUCUUGUCAUCUUGGGCAAGCUGGUGUCCAAAUUGGAAACGCUUGUUGGGAGUUGUACUGUUUAGAACAUGGAAUUCAACCAGAUGGUCAAAUGCCCUCCGAUAAAACGUGUGGUGGCGGAGACGAUAGUUUUAACACUUUUUUCAGCGAAACCGGUGCUGGGAAACACGUCCCCAGAGCUGUUUUCGUCGAUUUAGAGCCAACGGUAGUGGAUGAAGUGCGAACGGGAACUUAUCGACAACUUUUUCACCCAGAACAGUUAAUAACGGGCAAAGAAGAUGCAGCUAAUAAUUACGCUCGUGGACAUUACACAGUUGGGAAAGAAAUUGUUGAUUUGGUGUUGGAUCGUCUUCGUAAAUUGGCAGAUCAAUGUACAGGAUUGCAGGGAUUUUUAAUUUUUCACUCAUUUGGUGGUGGAACAGGAGCCGGCUUUACUUCCCUUUUAAUGGAACGUCUUUCUGUUGACUAUGGAAAGAAAUCUAAAUUGGAAUUUGCCGUUUAUCCGGCUCCUCAAAUUGCAACAGCUGUUGUUGAACCGUACAACGCCGUUUUAACAACCCAUACUACUUUAGAGCACUCAGAUUGUGCUUUUAUGGUAGAUAAUGAAGCUAUUUAUGACAUUUGUCGACGUAACUUGGAUAUAGAACGUCCAACCUACACCAACUUAAACAGGCUGUUAGCCCAAAUUGUUUCUUCAAUUACUGCAUCUUUAAGGUUCGAUGGUGCUCUUAAUGUAGAUUUGACAGAAUUUCAAACCAAUUUGGUACCUUAUCCACGUAUUCAUUUUCCUUUAGCUACAUACGCCCCUAUAGUUUCCGCAGAAAAAGCCUAUCACGAACAGUUAUCAGUUAUCGAAAUCACCAACGCAUGUUUUGAGCCAGCUAAUCAAAUGGUUAAAUGUGAUCCGAGGCAUGGAAAAUACAUGGCAUGUUGCGUAAUUUACCGCGGGGAUGUAGUUCCUAAGGAUGUUAACGCCGCCAUUGGAACCAUUAAGACAAAAAGGACAAUUCAAUUUGUCGACUGGUGUCCAACUGGAUUUAAAGUUGGUAUCAAUUAUCAACCACCAACGGUUGUUCCAGGUGGUGAUUUAGCUAAAGUACAACGUGCAGUUUGCAUGUUGUCUAAUACCACCGCCAUUGCUGAAGCAUGGGCCCGUUUAGAUCAUAAAUUCGACUUAAUGUAUGCUAAACGAGCUUUUGUUCAUUGGUAUGUAGGUGAAGGUAUGGAAGAAGGUGAAUUUACUGAAGCCCGUGAAGAUAUGGCAGCUUUGGAGAAAGAUUUUGAAGAAGUUGGUAUGGAUUCGGGUGAUGGUGAAGGAGAAGGAGGCGAAGAAUAUUAAUCUUCAUGACUUUGCGUUAUAUUUUGUUUUAUUAUUCGUAAAUCGUAUAAAAAUUUGUUUAUAAAUAAAUUUUUUUUUA